UUCCGGCAGGCCGGAGGAGAAGUGGCAGCCAGACUUGUCAGAUCUGGGACGGACGGGUACUACGGGCGAAGUAGUACGGUUGUGGCCCACAGGUUUUUACUGACAGAUUCUUUUAACUCACUCUUUUAAGUUCCCCCCAUAUAUUUGUGGGGCUGCCGGUGAGCAGCAUUAUGAUAGAAAUUCCACUGUAUGCCUGUAAGCAUCGGUCCACGACCAUGGGCACCGUCCGGAGCGGCUGCGCUAACGCCCGGGCCGAGCCGAAGUAAACGGCGGAGACCGGCCUCUGCGGCGCGUUGUUCGGCAGUCUGUAGAUUCAGCAGACUACAGAGAGAAAGAAAAGUGGGAACAACGUCGUGCAGCCUGUGGCCUUUUGCACGACAGACUCGACCUUCCUUUGGCUUCCUUUCGACAACGGCUGACCGGCCAUAGAAUUAGCAGAAAUGAACGGUCUGUCUGUCAGCGAGCUGUGCUGCUUAUUUUGCUGUCCGCCAUGCCCCAGUCGUAUUGCUGCCAAGCUGGCUUUCCUACCACCUGAGCCUACCUAUGCUCUUCUUCCUGAUCUGGAGGCCACCACACCAAGCAGCAGUGGCACCUCCCUGCGAGGACGAACUCCUGAAACCUCGAUGCGCUGGAAACUUCAUCUGACGGAGCGUGCUGAAUUUCAAUACUCUCAACGUGAAUUGGACAGCACUGAGGUCUUCUUGACCCGUUCCAACCGUGGGAAUCGUAUUGGGUGCAUGUACAUCCGUUGUGCACCCACUGCUAGGUUCACCGUGCUCUUCUCCCAUGGAAAUGCUGUAGACCUUGGCCAGAUGAGCAGCUUCUACAUUGGCCUGGGCACCCGCAUCAACUGUAACAUCUUCUCCUAUGACUACUCUGGUUAUGGUGUGAGCACAGGCAAGCCCUCCGAGAAGAACCUGUACUCUGAUAUUGAUGCUGCCUGGCAGGCAUUGCGUACCCGGUAUGGCAUCAGUCCUGAAAACAUUAUCCUGUAUGGGCAGAGCAUUGGCACGGUACCCACAGUUGACCUAGCAUCUCGAUACGAAUGUGCUGCUGUGGUUCUGCAUUCCCCCUUGACUUCUGGUAUGCGAGUUGCCUUUCCAGACACCAGGAAGACCUACUGCUUUGACGCUUUUCCAAACAUCGAAAAGGUAUCAAAAAUAAGCUCACCCGUUUUGAUUAUUCAUGGCACGGAAGAUGAGGUUAUCGAUUUCUCACAUGGGCUGGCUCUGUUUGAACGAUGCCCAAAGGCUGUGGAACCUCUCUGGGUGGAAGGAGCUGGACACAAUGACAUUGAACUAUAUAGCCAGUACCUGGAGCGUCUGCGCAAGUUCAUCUCACAAGAUUUGGUCAGCCAGCGAGCCUAAGGUGUUCCUCCAUUCCCACAGGGCUGCGUUUUCCUUUUGCAUAUAUAAAAUAUUUUCCCCUACAAUAGAUUUUUUUUUCCUUUUUUUUCUUUCUUUUUGGUAGGUUUACUUCUCCAGUGUCAUCCUCAAUGAUGACAACAAAACAUUGGCGGUGAAGAUAGAUUUUCUUUCUUUUCUUUUUUUAAAUUGGGGUGUUUUAAUGUAUAUUUUUUAUUUUCUAAAUCUUUGGCUGCCCAUUGUGAACUGUUAUUAUCUGGGCUUGCUUUAUUUUAUUCAUCUCCUUUGUGUGUUUAUAUAUAAAACAUAUAGGGACUAAGGAAACAAAAUAUAUACACCAAAAGAAGCAAACAAGACAAUAUCUAUUUUUAUAGCUAUGGAAUGAUGAAAUGCAAAUUUAGAACAAGACUCUGAGACAGCGGACAGUUUUUAGUUUUUUUUUCAGGUCGGGCCUACCAGCAUCCCACUCACCAGCACUGAAACCUGCUCCACUUGUAAAUCGUCUUUUGUUUUGGUCGUAACCUGUCUUGGUUAGUUGGACUCCACUAAUAUAAACACUACAUGUAAUAUUUUUUCCUCUCUAUCGGAUGACUUAUUUUAUUUUUGGACAUGAUGAGUCUAAAUAUCUGAUAUCAUUGUGCAAACAGUUCUGGUGGAGCAUCUGCCCCUAUAAAGUCACAUAGCACUUUGGUUGUGCCAAUUCUCAUCGCGCUGGCGCAUUUGGAAUUGGAUUCCAACUGACCACACAGUUGCUGCUUUUUAUCCUUCAAAUCUUGUGAAGUGUUUUCUUGUUCCUUCUCUAUUUCUUACAUACACUUGGAAUUUACAAGUCACACUGUUGCUGUCAAGGGAAGGACUGUGGGCAUUACAGUUCUCUCCAUGUUCCAAAUUCUUUGACUUUUGAUAUACUCUUAUCUCUGAGCUUUAAACUUGUUAUUCAAGGGUUUUCUUUUGUUGUGGCUGGGUGGUAUUGAUUCUGGGGAAAACUGGACCCAUUCUUAAUUUCUUCUUAGGCCUCAUUCACAUUAAGACACUAUUAAGUGCUGGUACGUUUCUGAGAAGUGAACUUCUUGCUCUCAGUAAGAAGUAGUCUGAUUUACACUUGCGAGAGUUUGGAAGUUGAGAAGUCCUAUAUUUUAAGGUGCCGUCUCCGGCUCAUAUGUAACCCUCACCCUGCAUUUGAGUACAGCCUUGCAAUGUCAUCCUUGUAAACGUGGUAAACAAGUGGAUACAUGGCUCAGAUAGUUUCAUCAGCUUUUAGUUCCCUGUUUAUAGUAGCAUCAUUGUUAAUCUAAAAUGCUGCCCUAUGUUUACUUUCAGGUAAGGACAUUAAGUUGUUUUAAAAGUUUGCUUUUUAGUUUAAUUUGUGAUGUUGUCACAGACAAGUAAUAUUCAAUGUAGGUGUUUUUUGGCCCUGUUGGCUGUCUAGAAUUUUCAAUUUGUAAUGUAUACCUAUUCUCUAAUUAGUUCUGAUGAAAUAAGUACCUCAGUAACUGAAACAUUUCUUAAAUGUUUAUAUAAAUUAUAAGCAUUUAAAAUAUUUUAGAAAUUCUCCACUUUUUCUUGAAAUACUUGGUAAGUUUUUUGCAGGUAAAAACUGAAGCAAAUCGGUGUAGCACAAGAUAUAAUCUUUUAUAUAAGGCAAAAAAAAUGCUAUGAUACACAACGAUCUAAGCAUCUGUACCUGUUGGGUAAAAAAAAUCUGUACAUUUGUGAUUAUUUCUUUAGGACCCUCAAAUUUAUUUAGAAUAUCUAUUCACUGGCAUGGCUGUAAAUACUGGCCAUUUCACCAAAGCCUCGUCAAUCCAUAAAAACCCCAUUAGUGGACUUGGUAUACACUGUGUGCAAGUUUUACAUAUCCAAACUGUAGUAAGCCAUGUGCAACACUCCACAGCAUGGAGUAUGGGGGAGUUCAGUAGAGUUCUGUAAAACCAAAGUUGAGCAUGCUUUCCUAUCUACUGGCUUCUCCUCUCACUCCUUUCAUGCAGGUUUAUUUGUGAGUGUGCUGUGUCCUACACUGCAAGGCCCUCACAUUGAGUCGGCCAAGACAUGUCUGUACAAGGCGUGCUUACCCCACAUGCAGAUCUGAUGCAUCUUAAGUGUUGCCUCAGUACUCCAAAAAUAGAGAAGCCCAGAUUUUCUAUCCAGUAUUUGCCCAACAUUUAAACAGUACAUCCAAUAGAAGUAUAGGCAAAAUGUUGUUUGUGCAUUUACGUUAUUCAAAGCUCACUUUUUAUCUUGUAUGACUUUCUGUUUUCCUGUUGCCCUUUGGUUAGAAAUACAAGUCAGCACAAAGUACCUUUCAUUUUAGGACAGCAUCCUUGAUUUUUAGCUUCAGUAAAAAGGAAAUAAAAGGCCUCACCUUAUUGUCUCCCAUGGGACUUGAAGUUGAAGAGAACUUGCCACGGCUUAGCUGAUGGUGAAAGGGUCUGAAGCUAUUUUGUUUUACUUCGGUUCCUUUUGACAAGGCACUUGAGUCAACUCUUUAACAAGCUGAAAGGGAACAAAAAAAACGGUUUAUCCCUAAUGCUACAGUGUUGCCACCUGUUACUUUUUAAUAAUCGGGGAACAUGGACAGUGCACUACUGAUCAGAAGGGGGGGUUUGGGGUCCCUUUUAUAUGUAUUACAACAAUUCAGUUGGAUGUACAUUUCACAUUUCUGUCACUAACUAGGUUGGCAGUAUACUGCAUUCUGCUGUGGGAACAGCCAUGUCAUUUAUCACCCCGAAGGCUCAGCUGACAACAUCACAGGUGUUUCCCAGCUCCAGAUGGAUGAGGAUCUGCAUUCAUGUUGGCACUUUAAGGAAACCUUAAGUGUUGCAGAAGAAAUACAUUUCUGUAUCUCUGCAGGCAAGUGAAGGAAUUCACUCAAAGCUGGGUCAGACUGCUAAAAUGUGUGGCUUGAUGUUUUAUUUAUUUUUACCUGAGAUACAUUUUUGUUUUCUAGUGUCUGACAUUUAUUAAUUGUUUUUAUAUCAUGCUGGACUAUAUAUUUAUGCAACAUACUCAAUAUGCAGGUGGGUUUGAUUGGAGGUGAGGGGUGUUUGGUCAAAACUUCACUUCAAGAAUGAAACGGAACCUCAAUGAUUGCUGAGAUUUUUAUGUAAACCUCAACAUCUUACUAAAGAACAUUAUUUUCAUAUCUAAAAAUGUUAAUGUAUGAACUUGCCUGUUUUUGCUUCCUUAUCUUAUGUAACCAGUUGUUCUAUGUUGGUUUUUAUUUCUCUUGGAAUUUUUUUAAUCAAUGUUAACUAUACUGCUAAGAUAAACACAAAAUGCAGAUAUGCAAUAUAGGGUGACAUAAAGGUGGGGGAAGACGAUACAAAAUCUGUUUACACCUCAAACUGAAAUUGGCGCUGCACCUGAUUGGAUGUUGAAGGCCGUGGUCUUGGUCCAGUCAUUUGUAGGAAUUCACUUUGUAUAUGUCAGCAAUAAAAUGAGAGCUUCUACUCUGCAGUUGUGCAUUUG